UGUAGGUAGUGGGGCCGGUGGGGAGUGGCGAAAGUGCCGGCGCGAAUGAGUGUCCCGGGAGCGGGGAGCUGGCGCGGAGAGGAAGCAGCUGCCGCGGUGCCGGGGCUGCCCGGCCAGGUGCGCCCGCGGGGGGCUGCCGGGGCUGGCAGGAGGGGCCGCUCAAAGAGCCGCUGUGGCUUAAGCUGAGGAUCCGGCAGGGGCCUUCGGUGGCCUUCCCCACCCCAGAUCCACGGGAAAGAGGACGAGCUGUAGGAGUUUUCUGGUACCCGACUUCUGUGCAGGUCUGGAGGGUGGCCGACCACUUUCAGGACAGACAGCCCCAGUGGUGUGGGGUACAGCGUGGCCUCAGCACGAUCUCACUUGUUUGAACUUUGUUCACUGUGCAGGAUUUGAUCCUGUGAGGGAGGAAGAAAUGGAGUGACCCGGGAAACUGAACCUGGUUGGAUAUCCAUGAGUCACGAAUAAGGGCAGUUGCGGGUUUUGUGACCAACACCUCUUUGAUUAUGGUGUGACUAGUUUCAGCAGUGAACUAAAGUACCCAGUUGGCUAGGGUCUGUGACUGGACUUGUGAACGGACAUUUGACCACGUAAAUGAGAGCCAGGAAAGCUUCCUAGUGGGGAUGUGGAGCCUGUACUUCUCAUCAGUGCUUACCUUUCAAGGCACCAUUGAUUCUUAUUUUUAUAAAUCAAAUCCUGGAACAUUAAAAAAAAAAAAAAAACAACUGAAUGAAAUAGUGUCACAAUGUAAAAAACAAAACAAAAAAACCAAAAAAUUACAAAUCUCACCCUUUGGUUCGAUUAAUUUUAUUGUGUUAUAAAUGGAACAGCAAGUCUUCAUAGGUGCUGAUUGUGUUGUGUUCCAAUAUCAUCAUCAACAAAGUUUCAGUCCAGACCAAGUUAGUUCGAUUUUGGCUACGUUUUUUCCUAUUAAAAAACCUGUAACAAGAAAUGGACUCUGAAUUUACUAAACGCUAAUGUUGGACUCAUAAAUACCAUUUUGCCAUGUUAGAAGACACAUUUUGGGAAGAAGACAUCUGGGAAUAUAAAUCUAAAAGAAAACCCAAACCAGUGCAUCCAAAUAAUUGUUCUGAAAAUAUUUCAGAAUUUGUUGAAAAAGCAACAGAUGGAAAAUACCGGACAAAACGAAAAGGAAACAAAAAAAGAACCAAAGAAGAUAAAGGCAUGCCGAGGGACCACAAAGAGUGCCUUGGGGAAACAAACAGUCAGAUUUCUGUAGGUUCCAGUCAGAAUUCUAGUUGCAGAGAUGAGAUUCAACAGUCUCAAAGCAAAGACACUACUCCAAGAAAGCACCAUAGAGCUCACAGAAGCAAACAAUUGUCCCCAAGAGUACGCCCAGUUUAUGAAGGAUACUGCCCAAGCUGCCAGGUGCCUUUUUCCUCAUUGCUUGGUCAGACACCCCGAUGGCAUGUUUUUGAGUGUUUGGAUUCUCCCCCAGUCUCCAACAUAGAGUGUCCUGAGGGUCUUCUAUGUACCUCUACAAUUCCUUCUCAUUAUAAGAAAUACACUCAUCUCCUGCUUGCUCAGGGUAGAGCUAGCAAGGAGCCUGUCCACAGCCCAUCCCACGUGCCAGCUGCAUGUCUCACUGCAGCAAAGCCAGACUCUUGUGACCUUGAGGAGAGACUGCCUGUGCAUCUGAGAACUGAGAACUUAAGGAAGGUUUUAGAUGAUUCUCUAUCUAUGGUACAGUGCCUAAGAACAUCUCAACCUCCAGCUGAAACCAACAAAAAGAUUUCCUCUUCCGCAUGUUCUCAGAUGUCAGUAGUUCCAGAAUAUGCAGAGUUUGUUAAGAAAGACAAGCUGUGUGAGGAUGGCUUGCCUCUUGUGGAGGACACUUUAAAGAGUCAAAGCAACUCACAGGGUCCAAGUUUGCCAGAAAGUGACUGUGAGAUCUCCUACUCUCCGCUGCAGAGUGACGAAGAGACUUACGAUAAAGACCAAGAGCUGGAUGACUCACAGCAGGAACUAUUCUUUACGCAAAGCUCUAAAGACAGCAGCCUAGAAGAUGGUUCUGCCAUAUUUGAACAGCUUCACCAUCCCUUCCCAAAGGAGCCAGAGGGAGUCUGCCCCUCAGUGGAGAGCCUGCUGACUCAGGCUGAGUUCAGGGGAUCGGAUAAAGGCCGUGCUCUCAAGGAUUCCUUUCAGCUUAUCUCCCAGACCCAGGGCAGGCUUGCCCAAGAUGACCGAGCACACACAGGUUCUGGCUUUCUCUUGUUUUCACAUGCAUUGGCAGUGGGACGUGCUGCUUCUAAUUAUCAGACCACUAAGGCAAGACUUGAUGAGCCAGAAUUUUACUCACUUGGAUCAAGUCAUCAGAAACAGAAAAUUAAAACAUCAGCUGUUGGCAAUCAAAUUUCCCUGCCGUUACUUACAAGCGCCGUGGCAAAACCACUUGAGAAGGAGGGAGGCAAAUGUCGGUCUGUGAACCCAACCCAAAGUCAAAGUAAAGGAUUACAGCUUAAGGGCGUGGAUGCUGCGGGUACUAACUCGACGUGUGCCUGCAGAAAGGUAGAGAAGUGUUCAAGCACGCCUCUUGCCAAGUCCGUGAGCUCAUCACCUGUCAGUCCUAGCUGCAGUGCAAGCCAACCUGCUAAGAAAGUAAUGAGGCAAAUGGAUAUAGGUGUGUUUUUUGGACUACCACCCAAAAGACAAGAAGAGACAUCGCCAAGGAAAAGUGCUUUAGAAAGGCCAAAUGUGAGUCCCGUUGUGAGUCCUAAAGAAAAGAGGCCACGGUUGGGCAAGAGGAAAGCCGAGAACUCUGUAAGUGACUUAGAAUUUGAUGCAAGGAAUUUAAAUGAGAGUCUGUGCCCUACGGAACUGUCUGGAGAGACAGCUCAGCAUCGAAGAAAGAGACCUAGAAAGUCAAGUUCACUGCGGGAAGGAACGUAUCAGAGGUCAGGUCCCCUUCUUACCAGUCCAGAGAUGGGGACAGCCAGCUUAAGUAGAGGCAAAGCCUCUGUGCGAUGGACUCAUGGCAGGCCACAGAGAGGGAACGUGGCCAUUUCAGAGUCGGCUGGCACGGGGAAAUUGCAAAGAUCAUGUCCAUUCUAUAAGAGAAUCCCUGGGACCGGCUUUACCGUGGAUGCUUUUCAGUACGGCGAGGUUGAAGGCUGCACUGCCUAUUUCCUCACACAUUUCCAUUCUGAUCACUAUGCGGGGCUGUCGAAGGACUUCACAAUGCCAGUUUAUUGUAGUGAGAUAACUGGCAAUUUGUUGAAGAAGAAGCUUCAUGUGCAAGCACAAUACGUCCAUCAGUUGCCAAUGGACACUGAAUGUAUAGUGGAUGGUGUCAAAGUUGUUUUGCUGGAUGCCAAUCACUGUCCAGGUGCUACCAUGAUCCUCUUCCAACUUGCUAACGGUGCCGCCCUGCUGCACACUGGAGACUUUCGGGCAGACCCCAGCAUGGAGCGCUCUCUUCUUGCGGGCCGUAAAGUCCACACGCUGUACUUAGACACCACAUACUGCAGCCCAGAAUAUACCUUCCCAUCUCAGCAGGAGGUUAUCCAGUUUGCCAUCAACACCGCCUUUGAGGCUGUAACCCUAAACCCGCGUGCUCUUGUCGUCUGUGGCACUUACUGUAUCGGAAAGGAGAAAGUCUUCCUAGCCAUUGCUGAUGUUUUGGGUUCAAAAGUGGGCAUGUCCCAAGAAAAAUAUAAAACUUUACGGUGCCUCAACAUACCAGAAAUCAGCUCCCUCAUAACUACAGACAUGUGCACUUCUUCGGUCCACCUCCUCCCAAUGACACAAGUUAAUUUUAAGGGCUUACAGAGCCAUUUGAAGAAGUGUGGUGGGAAAUACGAUCAGAUUUUGGCUUUUCGACCUACAGGAUGGACCCACUCUAACAACAUAACGAGCAUAGCGGGUAUCACUCCCCAGAUGAAAGGAAAUAUAUCAAUAUAUGGAAUUCCCUAUAGUGAACACAGCAGCUAUUUAGAAAUGAAACGUUUUGUCCAGUGGCUGAAGCCACAGAAAAUCAUACCCACUGUAAAUGUCGGCACCUUUAAGUCAAGGAGCACAAUGGAGAAAUACUUUAAAGAGUGGAGGUUGGAAGCUGGAUACUGAACCUGCCACAGAAGUCAGCUGAGUCGUGCACAGCAAGUGUUAGCAGUCCAGCCUAAGCAGGCAUGAGUAUGUGCCAUGAAAACAGUCUCAGGACUGUUUCUCAUUUGUCCUUGAAUAAUAAUACACCCAAGGAAAUGGAUGCCCCUCAGAAUCCUCAGUGACAGCUGAGAGUGGGCCUUCCCAGUUCCUUUAAUUCUUAAUCGCUUUUUCCACGGAGGCAAUAGUAAUUUGCAGCAACAUGAGGGCUGGAAACCAAAACAAUUCAUGUUAAUGGAUACUAGAACAAAACAUUAUCUAUGUAAUUAUGAAAUAAAUCUUUUAUAUGAUAUAUAUUCUUCAAUAAAAAUUAGUAUGGAAUUUAUUGUA